AAGCUGACUCAUCUCCAACUACCCCCCUCGUCCUGACCUUCUAUUAAUAGACUCUCACUUAUCUUCCCUUCUGUAGGAAACCCUAACUAGACGUGAGAAGUGCAAAUGGAAUGCCUGCUUCAGUGCUCUGCAAACUACGUCCCCUUGACGCCUAUCAGCUUUUUAGAGCGAGCUGCUCAUGUCUAUGGCGAUAGAACUUCCAUUGUUUAUGGCACCUCUGUGAGAUAUUCCUGGAGAGAAACGUAUGAAAGCUGCCUCAAACUCGCUUCUGCUUUGGCCAAGUUGCAGAUUUCUCCGGGGGAUAUUGUAGCAGCUCUGGCCCCAAAUAUUCCAGCACUCUACAAGCUCCAUUUUGCAGUCCCAAUGGCUGGGGCAGUUCUUUCUGCACUUAAUACUAGAUUUGAUGCCGCCAUGGUAGCAUCAAUUCUUGAACAGCUUGAGGCCAAAAUCAUGUUUGUUGAUUAUCAGUUUGUUGAACUUGUCCUCAAAGCACUCAACAUUCUCUCUCAGAAGAGUAUAAAGUCACCUCUCCUUGUGGUAAUCCCAGAGUUUGAUCAAGCAGCAGCUUCUUCAACAGCAAAUAAUCUGCCGCCUGGUUGUUUGGAUUAUGAUGAAGUUCUUAAGGUGGGAAAUUCUGAUCAUUUUGAAAUGCAGCAACCAGAGGAUGAAUGUGGUCCGAUUUCAGUGAGUUUUACUUCAGGCACAACUGGGCAUCCUAAAGGGGCGGUUUACAGCCACAGAGCAGCUUAUCUCAAUUCACUGGCACAAAUUUCUCGCUGUGACAUGAGGGAAAUGCCCGUAUUUCUUUGGACAGUCGACAUGUUUCGCUGCAAUGGCUGGUGCUUCGCUUGGGCACUUGCAGCUCUUGGUGGCACUAAUAUUUGCCUCAGAAAUGUCUCCGGAAAGCUCAUAUUUGAUUCAAUAGUCCUCCACAAAGUCACUCACUUUUGCGGUGCACCAACCAUUCUGAACAUCAUCGCAGACGCCUCAGCAAGCGACCAAAUGCCCCUUCAGAACAGGGUAAAUGUUGUAAUUGCUGGUGCAUUGCCACCGGCGCAAAUCCUGGAGAAAGUUUCAAGCUUAGGAUUCAACAUUGGCCAUGCCUAUGGAAUGACAGAAGUACUUGGAAUAGCCACUGUUAAGCCCUGGAAAAAACCUGACUGGGAUUCUUCAACCUCGGAUGAACAUGAAAAGAUCAGACGCCACGAAGGCCUUCACAGCCUUUUCAUUCAAACGGAUGUGAAGGAUCCAAGCACCAUGAAAAGUGUUCCAUAUGAUGGGAAAACAGUCGGUGAGAUAAUGUUCAAGGCCAAUGCUAUAAUGUUGGGGUACCAUAAAAAUCCGGAAGAAACUCAGGAAGUUUUCAGGAAUGGAUGGUAUCAUACUGGGGAUCUGGCAGUCAGAAAUCCUGAUGGUUACAUACAAAUAAAGGACCGAAAAAACGAUAUCAUCAUUUCUGGGGCGGAGACUAUUAGCACACUGGAAGUGGAAGCAGUGUUGUUAAGUAAUCCGAAGGUUUCAGAGGCUGCUGUUGUUGGAAGACCUGAUGAUCAAUUGCAGCAGGUGGCUUAUGCUUUUGUGAAAUUGAAGGGGGGUUGUAAUUCAAAUCCUGAAGAACUCAUUAAAUUUUGUCAGGAUCAUUUACCAAACUAUAUGGUUCCCAGGGCUGUGGUUUUUGAAGAUAUACCAGUCAAUUCAACUGGAAAGGUGCAAAAGUUUACUCUCAGGGAGAAGCUCAGCCAGUGCCAUUGAUCAUAGCUUGUUUUCUUUCUAAUUAAACUUUGUUAUCUCUUCAAAGUUUUACUUUAUUAGUUUCUGUAAGAGACAAACUGGCCUAUGCAUGUUACAAUCACAAAAUUUUCCUUUCAGUCAUCUUAAUUUAUUCAAAAAAACUAUAUGUACCAAUUUUGAGUACCCAAUUGAAUGUUCAAAUAAUAUGUCAAGAUGAUAUCAAA